UCCUAGCGCUUAGAAGAAUAAACAAAAGUGCACAUCCUCAUAAUCCCCUUCCACACAUAGCUCACCAACUCCUCUCCGGUAUGGUGAUGCCUCAUUGCUCAGGCAACCAAGAAGCACCCCACCAAGCAACCUCCAACCCAGUAACUUUUUUCCAACACCCCUCACCAAUCCCAUACCAACCAACCAAACCAAACUACACCUCAAACCACCAACGCAAUCCACAAACAAGCAACACAUCAAUUCAAUCCAACUCAUCCAAAAGACUCACCACCCAAGAUGGCCCAAGACCCCUACACCCCACCACCCCUCCCGAAACUCUUCACAAACACAACCCCACCACCGACGCUUCUCACGCAAGGCGCUGAAGCGCACCUGUACAAAACAAUCCACCUCAACACCAACACGCCCGCGGCGCUGAAAAUCCGGCCCUCGAAACCCUACCGCCACCCCAUCCUCGACCGCCGAUUGACUCGCCAGCGCAUCCUCCAGGAAGCGCGGUGUCUAGUGAAGCUCGUUCGGGAGGGGGUCAAUGUCCCCGCUGUGCUGGCGCUGGACUGGGAGGGACAGGGUGGGGAGAAUGGGAAUGGAGGCGCGUGGUUGCUUAUGGAGUGGAUUGAGGGGUUGGUUGUGCGGGUUGUUGUUGAGCGGUGGGAGGCUUUUAUGAAGGCUUCUGAGGGGUUGUUGAGUGAGGAGGAGUUGCGGAGGGAGGAGGAGAAGGUUAGAGCGUUGAUGAGAGGGAUUGGGUGUGUUGUUGGGGGGCUGCAUAAGGCUGGGGUUAUUCAUGGGGAUUUGACAACGAGUAAUUUGAUCCUCAGGACAGGGGUGGUCGAUGCUGUGGCUGGGGAGAGUCCCGUCAUGCACGGCGAUGUGGUUCUGAUUGAUUUUGGGCUAGCUGGCCAGAGUUCCUCCGAGGAGGAUCGCGCGGUCGAUUUGUAUGUGCUUGAGAGGGCUUUUGGGAGCACGCAUCCUCGGGCUGAGAAGUUCUUUGAGGAGGUGCUCGAGGGGUAUAAGCAUAGUUAUAAGGGGGCCGCGGUUACGUUGAAGAAGUUGCAGGAUGUUAGAAUGAGAGGCCGCAAGAGGAGCAUGAUUGGGUGAAUUUUUAUUUACUUUCGUCUCCCUAUGUUUAUGUGCUAUGGGAUUACGGGUUAUGGGUUGGAGUUGGGAUUAUGAUCCAGGAGUUUUGCGGGAGGAAUCAUGCUUUCAUUCAUCGUC